UGGCAACUUCAUAUUGCUCAAGAACUUGGAAUUUUUCAAAAACAGGUCGUUUCAAAUUGAAGUACAGACGUAACGAAAUUCCAUCUUUUGGUCGGAAAAAUCCUGCGUCAGCUCCGAACUACCGAAGUCCUGCUUGAUGAAAGUUGAAGAAAGUAAAGUUCAUUUUUCGUGAAAGCUGUUUUUGAACACGUCUACGACCGUGCGCGAAAUACCUUUGCACCGUCUAGUUCUAACAACUUAAGAACGUUCAAUUCAGGGAGAACAAGAAUUUUUACGUAAUUAAAAACGUAUUUAUUAACGUGGCUGGCGAACGCCAACGGACACGAGGUCAAAAUUUCAGAACCGCCGUCACCGUCUGCUGAACUCGCGACGAACUUGUUUAGUGCUGAUAAUGAACUCGGGUUUAUAUUACGUUUCCUAUAGAUUACUUUGAGUGCUGAAUUUUGGAAAACAAUGCUCGUUGAAAGUGAUAACAGAAAAGUAUAAUUCAAUUAUCAUUAUACCGAUCGUGUUUCAAUAUAUCUUACAACAUAAUGGCCAACAAAUUCGAUUCGAAGGCUUUCGUCGACAAGCUGGAAGAUUACUCUGAACUAGUGUACAGAAAUACUAAAACAUAUUUACCUACGAUCUCAAGAUUAUGUUUGGUGUCUACAUUCAUCGAAGAUGGAUUACGAAUGUAUUUCCAGUGGAAUGAACAAAGAUCCUAUAUGGAUCUAUCGUGGAGUUGUGGUAUGUUCCUAGCUUCCAUUUUUGUGCUUUUCAAUUUAUUCGGCCAACUAGGAGGCUGCGUAAUGGUUCUACUCCAAAUGAGAGUACCUCACGCCUGUGGAGUGUUGUUUUUCAUCGUCGUCCUACAAACGUUCGCGUAUAGUAUUAUAUGGGAUUUUCAAUUUCUAUUGCGUAACCUGGCAUUGAUUGGUGCUCUACUGCUGUUAGUUGCCGAUAGUCAUGCUGAAUCUCGUAGUUUAUUCGCAGGGGUACCUUCGCUAGGUGAAAAUAAACCUAAAAACUACCUGCAGCUGGCAGGAAGGUGUUUAUUAGCAUUCAUGUUCGUUACGUUGAUUCGUUUUGAAUUUUCUUUCCUACAGGUGGUGCAAGAUAUUUUAGGAUCCAUUUUGAUGGUAUUGGUAACAAUAGGCUAUAAAACAAAGCUAAGCGCGUUAAUUCUCGUUAUAUUCUUGAGCUCGGUCAAUGUUUAUCAUAAUGAUUGGUGGAAUGUGCCGCAAAACAAACCGCUCCGAGAUUUCUUGAAAUAUGACUUUUUCCAAACUCUCUCAGUCGUUGGAGGUCUUCUCAUGAUUGUUUUAAGAGGCCCUGGUGGCGUUUCAAUGGAUGAACAUAAAAAAAUUUGGUGAUAUCAAAAUCGCACGAUUUUUCCAUUAUCCUGUUAUAUUUUUUAAGUUGUUUUAUAAUUCUCAGAAAAAAUUGUGUCGUUUUUUUGUAUUUAUAUGGUGCCCUUAGACUGUAAACAUGGAAUGUUUCAUGGUCUAAGACGAUACCAACGUACCUACAAUGCUAUACGAUUACGUGCGCAAUUGUUUUAAAGAAAUUUUCAUUGUGCGAUAAAAUGUAAUACUUAGGCAUACCAUUCUUCAAUUUGAACGGAUAACUUUUUUUGGUUCUUGUAAUAUUCGUUAAUGUAUUAUUCUUCAAAAUGUGUUUCUUUUAAGCCGUUUGAUAUUAUUGAUGUUUUUUAGGGAAAUUUUUUUAACCAUUAUACGUAUUCUCUAUGCAAAAAGAAGUACAACUGUUUUUAUUUCAAACGAAUAAAUAAUUGGUGUUGAAAUAA